CGUACAACUCAGUGGUGCGGACUUUGCCUCCUGCUACCCUGUUGCUGCGCCGAGCGGGGUGGGAAAGUUUCUGGAGUUGUCAGUCGCGCAGCCCGUGGCCACCUAGAGCUGAGGUGCGGGCGCCUGCGAAGGGCCCCCGCGGGGAGGCCGGGGCUGCCGGGGCAUGCAGCGCGGGGGCGCGGCUCGGUGACUCCGCGGGCGGGGACCAGGCAUCCGGGCAGGCUGCGCGCGGGUGCGGGGCGAGGGCGCCGCGGGGACUGGGACGCACGGCCCGCGCGCGGGACACGGCCAUGGAGGACGCGGGAGCAGCUGGCCCGGGGCCCGAGCCGGAGGCCGAGCCCGAGCCCGAGCCCGAGCCCGCGCCGGAGCCGGAACCGGAGCCCGAGCCGGGUGCUGGCACAUCCGAGGCGUUCUCCCGACUCUGGACCGACGUGAUGGGUAUCCUGGACGGUUCACUGGGAAACAUCGAUGACCUGGCACAGCAGUAUGCAGAUUAUUACAACACCUGUUUCUCCGACGUGUGCGAGAGGAUGGAGGAGCUACGGAAACGGCGGGUUUCCCAGGACCUGGAAGUGGAGAAACCCGAUGCUAGCCCCACGUCACUUCAGCUGCGGUCCCAGAUCGAAGAGUCGCUUGGCUUCUGUAGCGCCGUGUCAACACCAGAAGUGGAAAGAAAGAACCCUCUUCAUAAAUCAAACUCAGAAGACAGCUCUGUAGGAAAAGGAGACUGGAAGAAGAAAAAUAAGUAUUUCUGGCAGAACUUCCGAAAGAACCAGAAAGGAAUAAUGAGACAGACUUCAAAAGGAGAAGACGUUGGUUAUGUUGCCAGUGAAAUAACGAUGAGCGAUGAGGAGCGGAUUCAGCUAAUGAUGAUGGUCAAAGAAAAGAUGAUCACAAUUGAGGAAGCACUUGCUAGGCUCAAGGAAUACGAGGCCCAGCACCGGCAGUCGGCUGCCCUGGACCCUGCUGACUGGCCAGAUGGUUCUUACCCAACAUUUGAUGGCUCAUCAAACUGCAAUUCAAGAGAACAAUCGGAUGAUGAGACUGAGGAGUCGGUGAAGUUUAAGAGGUUACACAAGCUGGUAAACUCCACUCGCAGAGUCAGAAAGAAACUAAUUAGGGUGGAAGAAAUGAAAAAACCCAGCACUGAAGGUGGGGAGGAGCACGUGUUCGAGAAUUCGCCGGUCCUGGAUGAACGGUCCGCCCUCUACUCUGGCGUGCACAAGAAGCCCCUUUUCUUUGAUGGCUCUCCUGAGAAACCUCCCGAAGAUGACUCAGACUCUCUCACCACGUCUCCAUCCUCCAGCAGCCUGGACACCUGGGGGGCCGGCCGGAAGUUGGUCAAAACCUUCAGCAAAGGAGAGAGUCGGGGCCUGAUUAAGCCCCCCAAGAAGAUGGGGACAUUCUUCUCCUACCCAGAAGAAGAAAAGGCCCAGAAAGUGUCCCGCUCCCUCACCGAGGGGGAGAUGAAGAAGGGUCUCGGGUCCCUAAGCCACGGGGUAAGUACGGAUGGUGUUUGCUUCUAUGACAACCACCGUCGCAGGCACCACCUUCUGGUGUCCCUGGAGGAGUUUCAGAGUGUCCGGAAGCAAAUCCGCUUGAAGAAAACGGAUACUAAUUAUUCCUGUUCCAGAGCUUUUCUCUGCCAGCGUCCCUCCAGAAAAGGAGUCACCAGCACCACCUGUGACCUGCAGCUGCUCCGGCAGAAAGGCAAAGGGGGCGGGAGCUGCGGCUUCCCCGGCAGGAGGGUGCGCAGGCGCACCUCGGUCAGCGAGUUCAAUAUCACCUACGUGGUGGAGCGGAGCCUGUACAGCCACCUGAACCUGACCCAGCUAGUGCGGCCAGCCUCAGACAGGACCCUGAGCAAGGCUGAGAGACAGGACCUGAGGCGGUGCCUGCUGGAGGAGGAUGAGGAGGCAAAGAGGAAGUGGGCCGCCACGGUCGACCGCUGUACUAAAAGGGUUCUCUUGAGAAUCCACCAGAAGUCUAGAACCUGCAGUUUUGGAGGAUUUGACUUGACGAAUCGCUCUCUGCACGUUGGCAGUAAUAAUUCUGACCCAAUGGGUAAAGAAGGAGACUUUGUGUACAAAGAAGUCAUCAAAUCACCUACUGCCUCUCGCAUCUCUCUUGGGAAAAAGGUGAAAUCAGUGAAAGAGACGAUGAGAAAGAGAAUGUCUAAAAAAUAUAGCAGCUCUGUCUCUGAGCAGGACUCGGGCCUUGAUGGAAUGCCUGGCUCCCCUCCGCCUUCACAGCCUGACCCCGAACACUUGGACAAGCCCAAGCUCAAGGCCGGGGGUUCUGUAGAAAGUCUUCGCAGUUCUCUGAGUGGGCAGAGCUCCAUGAGUGGUCAAACAGUGAGCACCACCGAUUCCUCAGCCAGCAACCGGGAAAGCGUCAAGUCGGAAGAUGGGGAUGAUGAAGAGCCGCCUUACCGAGGCCCGUUCUGCGGGCGUGCCAGGGUGCACACCGACUUCACCCCCAGUCCCUAUGACACAGACUCGCUGAAGCUCAAGAAAGGAGAUAUCAUUGAUAUAAUCAGCAAGCCACCCAUGGGGACCUGGAUGGGCCUGCUGAACAACAAAGUCGGCACGUUCAAGUUCAUCUACGUGGACGUGCUCAGUGAGGACGAGGAGAAACCCAAACGCCCCACCAGGAGGCGGCGGAAAGGACGACCACCCCAGCCCAAGUCUGUGGAGGAUCUCCUGGAUCGGAUUAACCUGAAAGAGCACAUGCCCACUUUCCUGUUUAAUGGAUAUGAAGAUUUGGACACCUUUAAGCUGCUGGAGGAGGAAGACUUGGAUGAGUUAAAUAUCAGGGACCCGGAACACAGAGCUGUUCUCUUGACAGCAGUGGAGCUGUUACAAGAGUAUGACAGUAACAGUGACCAGUCAGGAUCCCAGGAGAAGCUGCUCGUUGACAGCCAGGGCCUGAGUGGAUGCUCACCCCGAGACUCAGGAUGCUACGAAAGCAGUGAGAACCUGGAAAACGGCAAGACUCGGAAAGCUAGCCUCCUAUCUGCCAAGUCAUCCACCGAGCCCAGCUUGAAAUCUUUUAGCAGAAACCAGUUGGGCAAUUACCCAACAUUGCCUUUAAUGAAAUCAGGGGAUGCACUGAAGCAGGGACAGGAGGAGGGCAGGCUGGGUGGUGGCCUCGCCCCAGACACGCCCAAGAGCUGUGACCCACCUGGUGUGACUGGUUUGAAUAAAAACCGAAGAAGCCUCCCAGUUUCCAUCUGCCGGAGCUGUGAGACCCUGGAGGGCCCCCAGACUGUGGACACCUGGCCCCGAUCCCAUUCCCUGGAUGACCUUCAAGCGGAGCCUGGUGCUGAGCAAGACGUGCCUCCUGAGGUGACAGAACCGCCCCCUCAGAUUGUACCCGAAGUGCCACAGAAGACGACUGCCUCUUCCACGAAGGCCCAGCCCCUGGAGCGAGACUCUGCUGUCGACAAUGCAUUGCUACUGACCCAAAGCAAGAGAUUUUCUGAACCUCAGAAAUUGACAACUAAGAAACUGGAGGGCUCAAUCGCAGCCUCUGGUCGCGGCCUGUCACCCCUUCAGUGUCUGCCCAGAAACUAUGAUGCUCAGCCUCCUGGAGCUAAACACGGUUUAGCAAGGACACCUCUGGAGGGCCACAGAAAAGGACACGAGUUUGAAGGAACACACCAUCCCCUGGGCACCAAAGAAGGGGUAGAUGCUGAGCAGAGAAUGCAGCCCAAAAUUCCAUCACAGCCUCCACCUGUUCCUGCCAAAAAGAGCAGAGAACGCCUUGCUAACGGACUCCACCCUGUUCCCAUGGGCCCCAGUGGGACCCUCCCCAGCCCCGAUGCGCCAUGCCUGCCAGCGAAAAAGGGCAGCCCUGCCAGCCCCACCAGCCCUAGCAACUGUCCCCCAGCACUGGCUCCCAGGCCUCUCUCAGGGCAGGCGCCUGGCAGCCCACCAAGCACAAGGCCGCCCCCCUGGCUCUCAGAGCUCCCCGAGAACACAAGCCUCCAGGAGCACGGUGUGAAGCUGGGCCCAGCUUUGACCAGGAAGGUCUCCUGUGCCCGGGGAGUGGAUCUAGAAACGCUCACUGAAAACAAGCUGCACGCCGAAGGCAUCGAUCUCACGGAGGAGCCGUAUUCUGAUAAGCAUGGCCGCUGUGGGAUUCCUGAAGCCCUGGUGCAGAGAUAUGCAGAGGACUUGGAUCAGCCCGAGAGGGACGUCGCCACCAACAUGGACCAGAUCCGGGUGAAGCAGCUUCGGAAGCAGCACCGCAUGGCGAUUCCAAGUGGUGGACUCACAGAAAUCUGCCGAAAGCCCGUCUCUCCUGGAUGCAUUUCGUCUGUGUCAGAUUGGCUCAUUUCCAUCGGUCUGCCCAUGUAUGCCAGCACCCUCUCCACCGCGGGCUUCAGCACACUGAGCCAAGUGCCUUCUCUGUCCCACACUUGCCUUCAGGAGGCCGGCAUCACAGAGGAGAGACACAUAAGAAAGCUCCUAUCUGCAGCCAGACUCUUCAAACUGCCACCAGGCCCUGAGGCCAUGUAGCCAGGCCCGGAAUGGGCCUCUCUGGACAAGAGCCACCCUUUCACUGUGCAUAUGAUGCUGAUGCAAUUUCUCCAUCUCUGGACGUGCAGACCAGAUCCAGAAGAAAGGCCUGGCGUGUGCCCAAACAGCGUGAAACCUUGGCACAGGACUGAGGAUCCUCUCCUCCAGAAAAGCCCCCUUGAGGAAAUUAGUGCGGUUCUCUUUGACCUCCAAAGACAAGACAAGCACUUAUUUUUAUUUUCAGAAGACGAACCAAGAUGCCAACUGGCUGCGAAUGCUCUGUCUCCAGUCUGUCUCUGUGUACUGGUAGAGGCUGGGAGGAGUAGGGGGCAGCCUGUUCCAUUUCUGAUAGUGCCCUUGCCCUUCUGUCUGUCAUCUUGCAGGAUGCCCAAGGGCCAGACGGGCUUAGCUAGGCCAAAGUAACAGACUCAAAAGUUAUUGUACAUUACUGACCAUGCUCAUUUGUUCAAAAGUUAGUUAGAACAUCUGGCUGCACCAGGAAAAAGAAAAAAAAAAAAAGUCCUGUUCUUCUUUAGAUAAACAAGAGACAUUUUCAUAAUUGCUUUCUAGCAAUCAGCUUUUAUUUGCCUUAAUAUAAGCUUUUAAGCAGUUAUCUAACUAGCGUCCACAACCCUGUAACCAUAGUUCCACAUCUUCAGCUUAGGCGGACAUCUAACCUCUCUGGGAGGUUUUCAGCAAAAGUGGGCUUUUCUAAUCGUCUCAUUGUAACAUGGCUUAUUUUGUAGAGGUAUUCAUCAGCCACAUACUUCAUGUUGGUUUUUGGUUUUUAAGCUAACUACAAAUCUAGUGAAAAGCUAUCUGAAAUUCACAAAGAUAUCGUGUGUGUGUGCGUGCGUGCGUGUGUGUCUGUAUUCAUAGUAAGUGCUUUUGGUUUUAACCAGUUUAGGAUCGUUACUGUGUGGGUCGUCGCACUGCAGUAUUGACUUGACUUGGAAUCCUGACCAUGUCCAUCCCAAAAUUCAGUCCUCAGUAAACGGAUCAUCUUUACAAAAGGUCACUGUGAGGUUGCAUAUUUCAGAAAGAUGUCCUUAAAAAGGGAAGUCAUGUAUAAGAUGUUUUCUAAAAGUCUUUUCAGUAUUACAACUAAUACUAUUAUCCUUCUUUUUUUUAUUUAGAUAAUUCUUUUAAUUUAAACAAAGGUUCAGUGUGGAGCCAGACAAACCACAUUAGCCAUGUUUUAAGUAUUUGCUACUUUAAAUUGUUUUACAACUGAUUUCAGUACAUUCUAUCCUCUUUAUUUAUUUUUUUUGAAAUGGAGUUUCACUCUUGUCACCCAGACUGGAGUGCAAUGGCACGAUCUUGGCUCACUGCAACCUCAGUCUCCCAUGUUCAAGUGAUUCUCCUGCCUUAGCCUCCCGAGUAGCUGGGAUUAUAGGCACCCACCACCACGCCCAGCUAAUUUUUGUAUUAUUAGUAGAGAUGGGGUUUCACCAUGUUGGCCAGGCUGGUCUCAAACUCCUGACCUCAGGUGGUCCACCCGCCUCAGCCUCCCAAAGUGCUGGGAUUACAGGUGUCAGCCACCGCACCUGGCCUCUAUCCUCUUUGGUCUGGUUUUCUAGCAAACAGUAAAUUUAAACAAGUAAACUAUUAUGGUUUCCAUUGCUUACAAAAUGAUUUUCCUUUACAUUCUUAUCAUGAACACUAUUAUAAGCAUCAAAUGCAAUCAUCUAAAAUAUAAAGGGCAAUCAUUUAUAAUAGAAACACCUUGACCACAAGCCCUUGAUUGAAAGUUUUAUAAUAUUUCAUCUACUUAUUAAAACAAAUAAUUUCCCUUGGGUUGGAGGGGAAGUGAUUUCAUAAAUUAGAAAGCCAUCUUUAGCAUAUCGCUUAUGUCUGGAUCCAUGUUUCUGAGGAAAAAGACAUUCUCAGGUGAUGUAUUUUUUUCAUGCAUUAGUGUGCAUUUUUAAAAAAUAAUGCAUGUUUCUUUAAUAAUUUUCAUCUUCUAUAAGAUGCCAUGUGAAGAAGUUGUGGAAAUGUAGAAUAAAAAGCUAAAGCUGCCAAAUUUCUAUUGAACUCUUAAAGACAACAGCUCAUGUUUGUCCUCUGGGGUUGUGGCCUAGCCUAUUUGCAAUGUAAUGAAGCUGCAGGGUUCUUGUAUAGCUAAAGCGUUCAAUGCUUUUCACUUGCUGUGGUGGAUGUGGGUGCUGUAGACAGGCUUCUUCUCUUCCUGCUCUCAAAAUACCUCGGCUUGACAUUCGGACAGAUCCUGUCAUUGUUUAAGCUGAGCAAAAAACCACACAAAAUUUGUGUAAGAGAUAACAAAGGAGAGAGAGAAAUCUCAUGUGAAUUUCCAAGUUGUUUUAAUUCGUUCUCCAUGAAGGAUUUUCAUUUAAGUGAAAGUCGCAGCAGAAGAGGGAACUUUCUGGAGUUUUUGAGAAUGCCAAACCAUAUUUUUAUCACACUUCUUUGGAAAUCAAUGCCUUUGCAUAGAAAAUCAAAUUCAGGGAUCACAAAGAACUUUCAGUGGGAAUGUCUGGUCUGAGGGGUCUGAGGUUGUUUUUACUUUAUUGUGUUGUUUAAAUAUUUUAAAAAUAUCUUUAGUGUUUGUUUGGUCUUUUUUUUUUUUUCUUUAAACAUUUGAUUUGGUCUGAGAAAAGCUGAAUGUUUGGGUGUGAUGUUUCACUGAGGUGGAUUGGGGCUGCCCGUGGACAUUAGUGAACAGGUGGUAGGCUUCAGCAAUAUCCAGUUUUAAUCAGUUGCAUUUGGUACAGAAUUUUGAGUAAUGGUGAAAAUUGUUGUCUUUGGAAAGCACAAAAGAAACCUGGAAAGGCAGUUCGGCUCAGGUAGCUACACAUAACAUUGUGUAUGAUUUUCACUUCAAAGCUGUCUGGAAGGAAAUGCAGUCAGCUCCAACUAGUACUAUUUAUGUACCCAGAUAACUAAGAUAUUGUUUCAUGGCCUUGCCUUAGAGGCCCUUUUCUCUGUCCUGAACCCCCAGGUAUGGGUGAAAUUGGAAAUUACUAAUCUAUUGGAAAUCAGUUCCUGACAUAGUAAAGUUUGCUUUCAUAACUGCAGCAAAAAAGGUCAACUUGCCAAGCCACCGCUGCCAUGUGUGUACUGUAUUAUUUUCAGAAAAAAAUAUAAUAGUCUGAGUCCAAGUUAUCUUGAUUUAAAAUUGAUAGAGAAAAGAAACUGUCGAGCAAGUUAUAUAACAACUAACAACAUUGCACUUUCUGUAUAUGAAAUCAAUAUUUAAAUAACUUAUUUUUCUCCAUUGCUGUUGUUAAAAACAUUGUAAGUAGCUGUAAUAUACCAGUACCAAUAUGUUCUUGCAAUUGCUUCAGCCCAAGAAAGCUGUGUAUUGUUUUAAAAAUUGUAAAAAUUAUUGUGAUGAUUCAUUUAGCAUAAAGAGAGGUGGACAGAAGGGUUUUCCUAUGUAUCAAAACUUGUCUAUAAUUAUGUCAUCUAUGUACCUAGAAAAAAAGUAAAUAAAUUUCUUCAGUUGAAUAUG